AACAGCAACCAGCUGUUGGUUUAAUUUUAGGUUUUACGGGGAGAUAAGAAAGGAUAUUGAUAUGGCUGGCCGUGAGCGUGUUCUUAGUCUCGCCAUUUGUUUCGUCUCAGUAGGACUUAGUGGGGCCUAUUUCGGACAGGACGUAUUCGGACGAAUAAAACGUUUUAUUAAUUGUUCACCAAAUUACAAUCCAAAUGGUUUGGCCUCUGACUUGAAAAGCUCACUCUUUGGCCAGCACUUGGCCUCUAGGGUGAUUCUGAAGGCCGUGACAGGGUUCAUGGAGGACCCUAACCCGACUAAACCUUUGGUCCUGUCUCUCCACGGGAGCUCCGGAACAGGGAAGAACCAUGUUGCCAAGAUUAUCGCUCAGAACCUCUUCAAAGACGGUGCCCAGAGCAGCCAGGUGCACCUGUUCACUGCCAUACUCGACUUCCCUCAUGAAAAACAUUUGGAAACCUACAAGGCCCAGCUUCAGCAGUGGAUCAGAGGAAAUGUGUCAGUUUGUCCUCAUUCUAUGUUCAUCUUUGACGAGAUGGACAAGAUGAACCCACUUCUUUUUGAGACCAUCAAAUGCUUCAUGGAACACUACGCACAGGUGGAUGGAGUGUCCUAUAGACACGCCAUGUUCCUCUUCCUUAGUCACAAAGGUGGAUACAUCAUAACCCAGAAGGCGAUGGAUUUCUGGAUGGCUGGCAGGAAGAGAGAGGAGAUUGAGCUGAACAGCCAGGGCCUGGAAACGGCCAUUAGAAAACACCUUUUCAACAGCAAGAAAGGUGGGUUCUGGCGCUCCAGCCUGAUUGACAGCAAUGUUGUGGAUUUCUUUAUCCCUUUCCUGCCUCUGGAGCACAAGCACAUAGUCAUGUGUGCCCUGGCAGAGAUGGCCACUCUCGGACACACGCCUGACACCGCCAUCGCUGAGAAAGUCGCUGACGACGUUCUCUACUUUCCCUCAGAAAAAAUGAUCUUCGCCUCCAAAGGCUGUAAAACUCUCCGAAACAGAAUCGAAUACUACGUCUAGAGCAGAAUACAUCUAAAAUCAGACUAAAAUACAUCUAAAGCUAUCAGACUGAAAUACAACAGCUACAGCUGAAAUACAGUGGAACCUGUAGAUACAGAUGCUUAUUGGAAGUGACUUUAUUUAAGAGAUUGUGGUAAUUUAUUAUAAUAAACCAAUAGGUCAACAUUUUAGAUUUUUACACUGCAGUUAUUUAGCUGUCUAUUAUCCAAAGUAGACUAACAGCUGAUUAGACAAAGGAGGGAACAUUCCCCCGUGGAACAUGCACGAUAGCCACUAGGCUGUAGGCUGCAGUAUGUAGUCUGUAGGCUCUUGUACAUUUUGGUGCUUGUGACUCGUCUUUUUUUAAUGCAUGUGUUACUGAUUUAUAUUUUUCUCUUGUAAAACACUUUGAGCUGCAUUUUGUAAUGAAUUUGCUUGCUCUUUUAAUAAUAAAAUCAAACCUAUCAGACUGACCAUCAACACUACACAGUCAAACAGUGAAACUGUGCCAUCCCUAUGAUCACCUACGAAUAAUCUGACAACUAUGUCACAGUUUAAUAUAAUUAAAACUCUAGAGGAAACAAUGCGGCAUCUUAAAUCAUCGACAUCCUGUCUUGACGUACUGCCGACUGACUUGUUAAAAAUUAUUUUAGUGACCUGCUGCAAAUAAUUAAUGGUUCACUAAUAUCAGCCACUUUCCCAAAUGCGCUUAAAACAGCUGCUAUUAAGCCACUCUUAAAAAAGAGAACUGGAUGCCUCUGUUAAACAACUAUACCUGUCUCAAAUUGUCCUUUUAUAGCUAAAAUCAUCGAGAAAGUUGUUUUUAGUCAACUCCUUUUUUAACUCCAGUGAUCAUUUUGACAAAUUUCAGCUAGGCUUCCGACCUCAUCACAGCACUGAAACGGCUCUUCUAUAUAAUGAUAUACGGCUGAAUCCAGCGAAAUUAAUGGAAGGGGAUGUCAUCGCACCGUCCUAAAUGACAGAGCUAAAUGCAGCUCUCAACUUCAUUAUUCGACCGUUUCACUUCAUGAUGCUUUUCGUAGCCUAAGUUUCAUUCAUUGUUAUAUGAAGGACAACAGAGUUUUGCGCCCAAUGUUUAUUAAUGCUAGUACAUACAGCACAAUGCAUAUUGGCUCCGGCCUGGUACAAGUAUAUUCAUUGCAUCCAUACCCUUGUCUGUAGAAUACGAAUCAACAGCAAAUUGCUUAUUAUUUAUGUAACUACGAUAUCCAAUAUAAAACCAAUGUUCAUCAUCAUCAUACAGUGCAGCUCUUGCAAUUCCAAGUUGAUACUGUAUCGGCGGUAGCCAGCAUAUGAAUUUAGACCGGUGAUAGCCUAGCAACAUUUGCUAACGUAACAUAGCCUAUCUGAGUCUUCUAUCAUCUUCUGUAGAACAGGAACACCAAAUUGCUUAGCUAGCUGUGUGUUCAUGUA